UAUUGUGAAUUAUGCUGUAUACGACCGUCUUCCUACUAUUUCUAGCUGGAUUUUCUACAGCAUUUCAGUUAAGGGAUCGCCUUUUAUGUACAGUGCAGUUUUGGAGUAGUGACAAUCCUCUUACUCAGGAUAUACAAACAAAAAACUCGACUUGCACCUCUGGUUUUAUAGAGUGGAUAUAUCCAGAGGGACGUAUUCGAGUUCAUUUUCCUGACGUCCCGGAUCAACUCUGUAUCACACGUGGUAUAGCUGCCGAGGAUGACGUCAUUACAAAUGUUUAUUACGAAGAUGGAGAACAAGCCCGGGACCUUCAGUUUAAUGCCGAUGGAAGAUCCUGCUUUAAUCCCACCGGUACAGAAACAUCAGUAGUAUUUGAGGGACCCACAAGAAUGCAUACACUCAUGGCAUCAUUUGCGUACGAGAUGAUCUCCUCCAGGGACCUCAGCUUAGUGGACAGAAUGCAGUCUUUCAUUCACAUGGCAAUUCGGGCAGUUCGUCCAUUUGGCUAUUUUCUACGACAAUGGAAAAUCCCGAUUAACACUGAUCAAAUGUAA